UCCCUCACCAGUUUCCUCAAAAAGCUAUUCUCUUCCAUUCCAUUCCAUUCCAUUCCACUUCCUCGAAAACCCCUCUCGCAAGAAACUCCAUUCGAGUAACGAAGAGCUUUCCUGUUCGGAAUUUGGAACCAGUAAUGGCAACUGAUAAGUCUGUUAUAGCGGUGAUCAGGGCCUCCAGGCCAUCAUUCCGUAACGACUACGACAAGCUUGCUUUUGCUGUCCACGCCUCUUUUCUUUCUUCCGGUUUCGUUCUCACCGCUACCGGAACCCCUGCACUUUCCGAUACGACUCACUCUUCUUCCUCCUCCUCCUCCUCCGAUGAGGUGGGUAUCGAUGGCUGGAACGAUGUUGAUGGUGAGUACGCGUUUGUCUACACAAACCCUGAGAAGGGUUCUCAAAAAGUCUUGGUGAAAUGUCUUGUGAUGAACGAUAAGUUGCUUGUCGACGCUUUGGCAAAUGGGAGCUCUGAACCUGUUCAUCUCGAAAUCAAUGUUGGAGACUAUAUUGGAGAAAACGGGAAUAACAAUUAUUCCACCCAGUUCAAGAAAUUGGAUAAGCUGGUCAAUAGCCUGGACUCAGAAAUUUUCUCCAAAUUAGAUGGCUCUUCGAAAGCUAGCUCAUCCACUAAUCUUCGAAGCUCAGAUACUAGGGAAGAGGCAAGAAAUUAUGUAAAUGAACCGGGUGCUAGAGUUCCUGAAUUUUCCAGAGAUCAAAUACAUCCUUCAGGAUUUGUAUAUCCUCCUGUUUAUCCAGUUGGUGGUAGUGAUCUCUAUCCUGGCCCCGGCGCUGGAAUGUACCCACCCAGGGGUGAUUUUGGCAGCGGGAGCAUGCUUCUAGGGCCUAAUGACCCCCGUUGGUUUGGUGGAGGUGGAGAGCCUGGCUUCCCUGGUGGACUCCCGGGUGUACCUCCAGGUGCUCGUUUCGAUCCUUAUGGCCCGCCUGGUGUUCCUGGCUUCGAACCUAACCGGUUUACAAGGGGUCCGCAGAGGCCAGGGAGGGGUGGGACUCACCCGGACCUGGAACAUUUUGGUGGUGGCUCUGAUUUCAUUUAGAGAUGUCAUGAAAACUCUUUCUCAGUAUCUGUCUCUACUUUUUCCUGAGAGAAUAUAUAGCUAUAUUAUAGAACUGUAAUAAAUAGAGCAGGGUUAGUAGUAGCAGCAGCACCAGACCUUUUUGAACAUUUUGUUGUGUUUGCUCAUGGUCAUGGGGUUAAAGAUAAAAUAUAAUGCUAUUACUGUAGUUAAGCCAGAAAUCGAAUUUGCUUGAAUUGUUUUUGGCUGUUUGUAUAUGCUUCUCAUGUAAACCAAUUUUUUUUUUCUUUUUAAAAAAUUAUAUUUGGGGUGUGAGAUUAUUUUUGUUACUCAUUUCCCCUUGAGAAUGUUGUCAUUUUCUGAAUAAAUUGGAUUUUAAUUA